GUUCUUGAGUCGGACGUUCGUCUCUGUUCAGCUGCUCCUUUGAAGGUCGACCGCCAGGCUUCGGUCACGUGGCCAUCUUUUUUUAACUUUUUCUAGCUCCGCCAUGAGAAAACCUCAAUUUUUAGAUCUCUAAGUUCUAAAUCUCAAUCUGAAUCUAUCUUUAGAUUUACUUUUAGGUUUUUUGUUAAUAUUUUUCGUUUUAGAGAUAUGGCGACGAGGAACCGGACUCUGUUAUUCAGGAAAUACAGGGAUGCGUUAAAGAGUGUAAGAAUUCCGACGAGUUCGCCGGCAUCAUCUUCUGCCACGAGGAGCUCCGGAGGAGGACCGGUGAUUGAGAUGGUUAGUACUUCGUUGCUCCAUCCAAAUCGUUCUUAUACUCCUCUAAGUACCGAGGAUCCUGGAAAUUCAAGUAAGGGCACCAAUGCAGUUACAGUAGGUCUACCUCCAGCUUGGGUAGAUGUGUCUGAAGAAAUAGCAGCAAAUGUGCAACGAGCACGAGCAAAAAUGGCCGAGUUAGCAAAGGCUCAUGCAAAGGCUUUAAUGCCUUCGUUUGGUGAUGGUAAAGAAGACCAACGCAAUAUUGAGGCUCUUACCCAUGAGAUAACUAAUCUGUUGAAGAAAUCAGAGAAGAGAUUACAGAAACUCUCUGCAACUGGACCUUCUGAGGAUUCAAAUGUCAGGAAAAAUGUCCAGCGUCAACUUGCUACUGACCUUCAGAACUUAUCAAUGGAGAUUCGGAAGAAGCAAUCAACUUAUUUGAAGCGCCUCAGGCAGCAAAAGGAGGGCCAGGAUGGAGUUGAUCUAGAGAUGAAUAUAAAUGGAAAUAGGUCUAAAACAGAAGACGAUGACUUGGACGAUAUGGUUAGUGAGCAUUCAAUGGCAAAAUUAAAACAAAGUGAAGCAUUAACAGUUGAGAGGGAAAGGGAGAUUCAACAGGUUGUGGAGUCUGUAAAUGAGCUUGCUCAGAUUAUGAAGGAUCUGUCAGUUCUUGUGAUUGAUCAGGGUACCAUUGUCGACCGGAUAGACUACAACAUUCAAAAUGUUGCAACUACGGUCGAAGAAGGCCUCAAACAACUACAAAAGGCAGAGAGAACACAGAAACAAGGAGGCAUGGUGAUGUGUGCUACGGUGCUCGUUAUAAUGUGCUUUGUCAUGUUGGUCCUUCUGAUUCUCAAGGAGAUACUCUUCUGAUCCACAACCAUGGCUUUUUCUCUCGACUAUUUCCUUUUUGACCUGCUGUGUAAGCCAAGUACUUUACAUGUCGAGAAGCAACAAUUUCCAUGGACAGCAGCAAAAGAACGUUGGAAAAUUUGAGUAGCCCCACAUACUCAUACGACUUUAGAGGCUUGUGUUUACUUUCUUUCUCUUUGAUUUUUCAUUUUCUGUCGUCCUUUGGAGAAACUGGGAAGAGAGGGAAAGGAGGGGUUUUGAGGAUUGAUCUAUAUAGAGCUUAUAAGUUAAAAGUUGUAUUCUUUUUACUUGAUCAAAGGAAGGGAAGGAGUGAUGUUGAUUCUUUAAAACUCGGUGGGUAGGGAAUUUCUAGUUGUAGUUGGUUCCCACGAGGAGAUGAGGUGUUUGCUUAUAUAUUACCGUACAUGUAUCAAUUCUUUUGGUUUCAAAGAAAUGACAAAAUCCACUUCGUGAGAA